UGGUCCUCCGGGGGCGGGGGCGGCGGCGGCGGCGGUCCCAGGCUCUGUGUCCCGCCGCGCCGGCCGCACUUCUGGUUUCCGCGGUCGCCGCACUCGGCCCGCGAGCCCGCCGGUGGCAGUGCCUCGUCUCUCCGCGCGCCCGCCCUCCGUGUUCUUCGGGCUGGACCUGUGUGGGGAGCGCCCCGCGCGCCGCCGCCCGCAUGGCUGCCAUCAAGGCGCUGCAGCAGUGGUGCCGGCAGCAGUGCGAGGGUUACCGGGACGUGGACAUCACCAACAUGACAACCUCGUUCCGCGACGGCCUGGCCUUCUGCGCUAUCCUGCACCGCCACCGGCCUGAUCUCAUAAACUACAGUGCCCUCCGGAAGGAAAACAUUUACGAGAACAACAAACUUGCCUUCAGUGUGGCUGAGGAGCAGCUGGGCAUCCCUGCCCUGCUGGAUGCCGAGGAUAUGGUGGCCCUGAAGGUGCCGGACCGGCUGAGCAUCCUGACCUAUGUGUCGCAGUACUACAACUACUUCCACGGCCGCUCCCCCAUUGGGGGCAUGGCUGGCAUAAAGAGGCCCCCGUCGGACCCCGAGGAGGCGCCAUCUGGGAAGAAAGCCCCGUCCACAACGGCCAAGCUGCCCUCACCCGCCCCGGCCCAGGCGCUACCAAUGUCUGCAGCCAGGACAAGCUCUGUGGUUCCGAGGACAGACGGGGGCCCUAAGGCUGGCCAGACGGUGGCGGGCAGUGCAGUCAGCAGCACCUGCGGGGUCUGCGGCAAGCACGUCCAUCUGGUCCAGCGGCACCUGGUUGAUGGGCGGCUCUACCACCGCAGCUGCUUCAGGUGUAAGCAGUGCUCCAGCACGCUGCGCUCCGGGGCCUACCGGGCCGCUGGGGAGCCGGGCACCUUUGUCUGCACCAACCAUCACUCCAAAGCCAGCUUGGCGAACGCCACAUCACCGGCCCUGGCUUCCAAACAGCCAGGGGCCACUCCUGUGGAGCCAGGGGCCCCCAGCGUCCUGCGGAAGGCCCAGGAGAUGAAUGGGCAGGGAGAGGCAGCGCCGAAGGCCCAGCAAGCAGCCCAGCAGCCUGCAGUGGGCAAUACGACCACAAGAGGCUUUGCUCGGACUCCAUCUGAGCCCCCACCCUCCACCCUUCCUGUCCACGUGGGGAGCCCGGCAGGGUCCAGGCUGCCUGCGGGCCCAGUGGCCUCCCGCCUGGAGCACAGCACAGCCGGCACGCGUGUGACCAAUAGCACCCCAGUGGGGUGGACAUCAUCUGCUCAGGGUCCAGUGACGAACAGCUCUCGGUCUACCCUUAGUGUCCCAGAGCCUUCCUCAGCCAUGCUUCAAGGCCGCGGGGCAUCCCGAGUAUCAGCUGCUGUGACCAAGCUCAGCUCGAACUCAGCUUCUUCGGGUGCAGUGGACCCCCCAGCCUGGACCCCCUCGGCCACUAGGACCCAGCAGGCCCGGGAGAGGUUCUUCCAGAGCCCAGCUGCCCCCAGCAGUGGCCCUGUGGGCCAGACCCGCACCUCAGCCAACACCCCCUCCCAGGACAGUAGCAGGGAGCAGGCACGGAGCUUUAUCAAGAAGGCCCUCUCGGGGGUGGAGGCGGCUGGCGCCCAGGCGCCUGGCAGGUCCUCCCCCGCUGUGAAUUCCUGUCCUAAAACCGAAGGUCCAAAAGCAGUUCCCUCAGGCAAGCCAUCGCAGCCAGACGCUCCCCGCACCCUCAGCUCCACUUCGAGGAUGGCGCCGUCUGCCCCGAGUGUGGGCAACACCUCACAGGCAUCUGGGUCAUCCCAGGUGGGCAAGGGCUCGGCCGUGUCCUCACAGGUCAGCAGGGCAGGGACAGACUCCAGGCUGAAGCCAGAGGCCCCGACGGCAAAAGGUCCAAGCACCAGCCCCCAGCAAAGCCAAGAGGAUGGGCCAGAAGGAUGGAGGGCCCGCCUGAAGCCUGUGGAUAAGAAGCCGCCCGCUGGGAGGGCAAAGGAGCUGAAGGAGCCACGGGUCCCGGCAGAGCCAAAGGCUGGAGAUGCCCCAGCGGCCCCCAGGACCUCUGUGCAGGCCUCAGGCGGCCUCCAGGGGGGCGUUCGGAUCACCCUGACCCACGUACAGCCAGAGCAGACACCGGGCCACCCUGGCCCAGGAACCAGGCUCCCAGCUGCCUCCCCCUCCUCAUCCCCCCGCAGGAGACUGGCCGUCCCUCCCAGCCUCGAUGUGUCUGCCGAUUGGCUUCAGUCGGAGCCGUCAGGGCAGGAAGCCGAAGCCCAGAGCCGGAAGCAGAAGCCUCAUUCUCAGGACAAACCAGGGAGGCCCUCGGGCCUGGCCAGCGUCCCCGCCUCGCCCGAGAAGACCAUGUGCUCUCCUGUCAGGCUGCACCCCGACUAUGUCCCCCAAGAGGAGAUUGAGAGGCAGCUGCAGGACAUCGAGAGGCAGCUGGACGCGCUGGAGCACAGGGGUGUCGCGCUGGAGCAGCAGCUGCGUGCGGCCGAUGGGGCUGCCGAGGAGGACGACCUCAUGGUGGCCUGGUUCCGGCUUGUCCACGAGAAGCAGCUGCUGCUGAGGCUGGAGUCCGAGCUGAUGUACAAGUCCAAGACCCAGCGCCUGGAGGAGCGGCAGCUGGACCUGGAGGGCGAGCUCCGCAGGCUGAUGGCCAAGCCUGAGGGUCUGAAGUCCCCCCAGGACCGGCGGCGAGAGCAGGAGCUGCUGAGCCAGUAUGUGAGCACUGUGAAUGACCGCAGUGACAUUGUGGACAUCCUGGACGAGGACCGACUCAGGGAGAAAGAGGAGGACCAGGUGCUGCAGGACAUGAUCCAGAGGCUGGACCUGCAAAAGAAAAAGUCCAAGUUCCGCUUGUCCAAGAUCUGGGGCCAGAAGAGCAAAAGCAGUCAUGCGGAGUGAGCUCUCCGCCGGUGCCGCAGGACCUGCACAGCGCCCUGCCCGUCUGCGCCUCCACUGCUCCCUCCCUGGGGUCUUCUUGGCCCCAAUAAACAGACUGGCGAUGCCUA